CAAGGGCAGAGGGGGUUUGUUAGGGUAGGAUAAGUGCAUUAGAAAGAAAAGCCGUCUUGUGCUGCAGAAGACAUUUUAAAACAUUGUUUUAGUUAAUUUUCUUCGCAUCGAAGAUGACCACAGCAGUGGCUUCGCCUUUUGACUUGAGCGAAGUGAUCAACAAGUACAACACCAAGAUGCUGAACUACAAGAACAACAUACUAACCGGCAGUCAUGGAUUGUCGGUGCCCUGCUCCAGUGCCAACAUGCCCAGCUCAACCCUGCUGGACAGGAAGGCCGUUGGCACCCCAUCAGCCAGCAUGUACCAGCGACGGCACUCAGUAACCCUACCCAGCAGCUCCAGACUCAACCACAACCAGUUUCUCAACUUGGCCAAGCCCUCUGACGUAACCCUGCUGAAUGCUGGGUUGAUGGGCCACAGCAAUAGCAGCAUCGGCAGCAUCAACUGCAACAAUAACAGCAGCAGCAACAAGGAGAAUCGCCUUAGGGAGCGCUCCUACUCCGAGACAGGUGAGCGUCUCCUGCAUAAGGGUGGCGCUGGUCUGACCCUUGGUCCCCUCCCCACCUCCCCCACCAGCAAUGGCAACAGCCCCUGCCUGGGCACCCCUACCGGGCAGGUGAACUCCAGCCGCUACAAGACGGAGCUGUGCCGGCCCUUUGAGGAGAACGGCUCAUGCAAGUACGGCGACAAGUGUCAGUUUGCCCAUGGCGCCCACGAGCUGCGCAGCCUGAGCCGCCACCCCAAGUACAAGACAGAGCUGUGCCGCACCUUCCACACCAUUGGCUUCUGCCCGUACGGCCCACGCUGCCACUUCAUCCACAACGCAGAGGAGCGCCGGGGGCCACCGUCCGCGCCCAUCUCGCCCCUCUCGGCCUCCAACGGCAAGAUGGAGCGGCCGCAGCUUCAUCACAGCUUCAGCUUCGCCGGCUUCCCCAGCGCCGGUUGUGCCUCCUCCUCAUCCUCCUCAUGCUCCUCCUUGGGCGGGAGCGCUGGCAGCUACCUGCGGGACGGCCCCACAUCCCUCACCCCGCCUCCCACCUUCCCCGCCGAGGACGAGAUCCCUGAGUGGCCCAGCUCCAACCCCUUCACCUUCUCUGGUCAGAAGCUAGCUAACAUCUUCUGCCCCUCGCUGAGCUUGCCCUCUGGUGACCCUGUGCCAGCGGCUGCAGCCCCUGGUGCUCCCCUGACCUCUGCCGGCCAGGCGCCGCCAUCUCCCACAGGCAGCGGCGGCACGCCCUCGAUGUACCUCUUCAGGGCGGUGUCCGAGUCCCCGCAGCCCUUCGAGUUUCCGUCCAGCCAGACAGACUCUCUGUCGGACCAGGAGGGCUACCACAGCAGCUCGGGCAGCAGCAGCCUGAGUGGCUCCGAGUCACCCGUGCUGGACACCAGCCGCCGGCUGCCCAUCUUCAGCCGCCUGUCCAUCUCCGACGACUAGACGGACAGUUGUGGGGGGGGGGUUAAGAAUGAAAAUUUGGAAAAAAAUGUUAGCACUGCGCAGAUGCUGCCUGCCCUGCCCUGCAAGUCCACUAUGGUGGUAUACACAGGGAGGCAACAGACGCAUGAACACUUAGACGAUCGCUCCUUGCGACCCCCUCCCACCACCAGAAGCCCUUACAGCAGAUGUGGGUAUAGGGGUUUAGACUCGCUGUGUCAUUUUCUUUGUUGUUUAUCGUUUUUUUCCCUCUUCCUUUUUGUGUCAGGUUAGCCUCUUCAGGAAUUAAUAAGAUGCAGUGAAGUAAGGGAACUCUUCUGUUUUGUUAUUCCUUUUUCAAAAUCUUUUUUUUUUUUUUUUUCUAUUUGAGUAA